AUGUUUAGAAGAACUAUCCAAUCACAAUUGCGUUUCAAACCAAUCAGACAAUUGAGAUUUACUAGACAAAUUUCCACCGAUAUCAAUAAUGGUCAAAAAGGAUUGCCAACAUGGCCCAAUAAAGAAGCCUUUUUCAGUGUUUACGCCAAAGAAGGACGUGCUUUAGUUGGUUGGUUUGUUGCCCUUACUGGUAUUAUGCUCUGGGGGCCAUUGGCAAUUGUUGAAUUGUCUGAUUCUAUUGAUCAUGUACCUAAAGAUCAUACUGCUCAAGUGACCGCCCAAAGAGUUGGUUUGGAUGAGUUCAAGACUGAGGUUAAUAUCCCACAAACUUAUGUUGGUCCAGAUAAGGAAGAUGAUGGCGAAGAUGAUGAAUAG